AUGAACUCUAUUGCUGGCUCAGUGGAAGCAGAGGAUUGGUUGGACAUAUCGGAUUCCCUCUCCCUACCUUCGCUUUCUUUAGAUGAUGUCCUUAAUGAGGUAAGCCAACUUGAUGAUGAACUGCUAGAUGGACACCUGUCUGGAAGUGUUGAUCAUAUCAGUCCACCGCCAUCUGCUGCUGCGAGCUAUAAGCUGGACAGUGCCGUGAAGACCGAGACGAUUAGGUCUCGUGUUACAGGAUAUUCUAAAACUCCAGCAAAUUCCUUUACAAUUCGAUAUCUCACCAACUGGUCUCUUUCCGAUCGAAAGCAUGGAUCUGCUGUAGCAGUGGCGUACCAUGGGGGCUACACCGCUAUAGCGACUAGCAAAGGCUCAUUAUUGCUCUUCGAUGCAGAGGGACGUUUGGAGCGUUUCCGGCAUGGGGGCGAAUUAGAUGGCUCAGCAUCGUGUGUAGCGUUCUCUAGUGGUGGAGGGCAUAUUGCAGUUGGAUACAGCAAAGGUUUCGUAAAAAUAAUAAACACGAAAAGCGGCGCUGUUGAACAGUUGAUCCAAGAUGCAGUGCAGAUAGGUCGGGGAGUGUUGGAGAUUUUAUACAUUGGCUCUCGUCGUACUAUUUUGACCCUCGACAGUGGUGGAUCAGUGUUCGAGAUCCAAAUUCUGCAGAAGUUUCGGCUCGCAGGGAAAUCGCGGGGUUUAACCACUGGUGGUAAUGUGAGUCCAGCCAUGCAAUGUUUGGCUGAGAGAGCAUGCUAUCAGUCGCUUUGCCGAAAAGGCUCUUCUGAUUGCCUGAUCGCUCUUUCUCACGACGAGCUAUUUGAACUGACUCUCAUAUCUGAAGACGAUCAACUAGUAGUUGUUCAAAUUCAAGAGGUGAAAUUACGUCUGCCUGCCUACUAUCUGCUCGAUAUCCAUCGCGGCCGUAUAAGAGCUGAACAGAAGUUUCUGGACCGUCUUCCGAACUUGCUUACGGAACAGAUGAGGCGGCUCGUCGACUUGGCCAUGAGCGGCUGCAAAGAAGGAAAAGUGUCAGACCUUAUAGCUCAUUAUAAGUUUUCAUUUUUAAUUUCAAUUGGUUACAUGCAAGACAGCGGUGUAGCCAACAACAGCAAUAACAGACGUGCAAGUUGCCUGUUUGCUUUCAGACAUAAAUUCAAUUCUUCUCUCAAUUGGGCGGUGUUGGUACACGGAUGUAUGAUUUUCUCUAUAACGAAAUAUGGCCAAGGUGAUAAGGUAGAACGCGAUAUGUUAUCUCGAUAUAUAUUUCUUGAAUCUCUUGAUGAGUUUGUAUUGGAUGGAACACUGGAGUCACCACCACCAGCGCUGGUUUCGGCCUACAUCACACACUUGGCAUCAGAGGGACACUUCUCACAAUUACAAGCCUCAGUUGUUCGAUUUCCGAUACAAUCCAUCGAUUUGCACUAUGUAAUGUCAACAUGUAAACAGAACGGUUUGUAUGACGGAAUUAUUUACGUAAUGAACAAAGCCCUUGGAGAUUAUCUUUCGCCUUUGGAGGAAAUGUUAGCCGAUGUUUCAUCUUUUGCUUCCAAUGAAGUGCUAUCAGAUUCUGAAGUUGAGCGAGGUAAUCGAUUAUUGUUGUAUUUACAUUGCUGUCUUGCUGGUCAUGCUUACCCCUAUGGAACUCUACCACCUGAACAGCUAGCUACUGUACCUGUCCAGGUCUAUCGUUGUAUCACUUCUUUGAAAGGCAAGGAUGGCGUUUCUUCUGAUGUAUCAUAUCCGUAUCUCAGGCUUUUGCUUCUUUUUGAUGCUCAGCAGUUUACUCAUGUGAUUCGUACUUGUGCUGAUGCGCCGAUUUUUCAAAGUGAAGGCAGAUUACAACGGCUUGUUGAAAAUAUCGGCCGACUGUCAAUGGAACUUCGAAAUGAAUCAGCACUGGUGCAUUUCCUAUUGCUAAUCAGUCAGUUGGUGGACAUUACUGGUGUGGUGACACCCGUUGAGAUUGUUGAAGAUGUUAGCCUAGAAUACGUUGUCAUCACAUUGAUGCGAAUGAAAUGGCAGCACUCUUCAGCAGAGUUCGCUAUUGUCGAAACUUUGAGAGCAGUGCCACAAAUUGACAGAAAAGCUGUUCUUCGUAUGGCAUCUUCACCGAUGAGGAAAGAAAUAUGCACAUUUAUUUACUGUGCUGAGAGGAAAUUCGUUGAUCUCAUCAACUGCUACAUACGUGAUGCAGAAAACGAGGGAAUUUUCUCCGUGAUCCGUCGCAUUCUUCGCUCAGAUCUUACCCAACAAGAAUAUCAGGAAGUGUCAGAAGUUGUAUGCCAACUGAUUCCUCGAUUAGCUGCCGUGAACGCCAGAGAAUGCGCUGAUCUUGUGAUCGAUUGCUUUCCGAACUAUCUUCUGAAUCUUCGUUCGCACACUACGGAGGAAAGGAUGGCGAGCUACCAGCUGUUGAAGGCUGCAUUCGAUAUCAAGCGUGAGCGACAAGAGAAUUUCUUGCAAAUGGACGAAGACGUUGAAGAGCAUCUCUUUGGCAUUGUGUUCGAAGGCUUGGUCAGAGAACGAGUCGAGAGUUUGGACAGUACCUUGCAGGUAAAUAUCGAAUUCCGCACAGCAUUUCUGGUAGCUUGGUGA